GAUAUACCUCAAUAAAGGCAAAAAAAAUACACAAAAAUUUUACCAUCUUACCAACCAUUUUUAAGUGUUCAGUGGCAUUACAUCCAUCAUGGCUGUGCCACCAUCACCAUCUGUUUAUCCAUAGAACUCUUUUUAUCUUGCAAAAUGGAAACUGUACCCAUUAAACAACUCCCCAUUCCUUCAGUCCCCUAGUUCCAGGCAACCACCAUUCUACUUUCUGUCCCUAUGAAUUUGACUUUACCUCAUUAUGUACUCUGUGUACCAGAUUGUACAGUAUUUGUCCUUUUGUGACUGGUUUAUUUAACUUAGCAUAAUGUCCUCAAGGUUCAUCCAUGUUAAAGCAUGUGUCAGAGUUUUCUUCCUUGUUAAGGCUGAAUAAUAUUUCAUUGAUUGUAUAUACCACAUUUUGUUUAUCUAUUUAUCUGUCAGUGGACAGUUGGAUUGUUUGUUUCUUUUGACUAUUCCAAAUAAUGCUGCUACAAACAUGGGUGUACAAAUACCUGUUCGAGUCCUUGCUUUCAGUUCUUUUAGCUAUAUAUCCACAAGUGGAAUUUAUGGAUCAUAUAGUAAUUCUAUUCUUAAUUUUUUGACUGCCAUACUGUUUUUCCUAGUGGCUAUACCAGUUUAUCAACAUAUUUUUUGAGCACCUACUAUCAGUGGCAAAAAGACAAAAAUAAGUCCCUGUUUUCAUGUAUUUUAUAUGAGGGGGUGGAAAGACAAUAUGCAUGAUAAAUUAUAUAAUUUGUUAGUGAUAAUUGCCAUUCGAAAAAAAUAGAAACUGUGUGAGGGACAGUAGGAGUAUAUCCCAAGCAUAACACUUCUCAAAAUUUAUUAUAAUUGAAUGUUUUCUGUUUUAUUAUUUCUUUUCUGUCAUUCAGAGUAAGGAUUAGUCUACUCUCUUGUGUAUCAUUUUUUUCACCAUAGAUGAUAAAUUAAUGUCAUGUGACAAUGUCACUGUGACAUGAGUAUAAUUCUCAUUUCAAAUGACGAGCAUGGGAGUUCUAUGUUACAACUCUCGUUUAUCUCAAUUGUCAAGAUAGAUAGGAAAUGGAGUAGCUGGACUUUUAAUGCACCUCUCUUUCACACCAAAUCUGGGGUUGCUGAAAAUCUGAAUGUUUUUUGACUCAGCUUUAUAUCUGUCACUGCAUCAGGCCUACACCUUUAUGCUUACAAAAGAUAUUUGAGGAGCAGGUAUUAUGUGAACAUCACUAUUGUAUUCACUUUGUUUCUAGACUCUUAGUGUUUCUAUUGGUUCAACCUGAGUUGCUGAGUCUUUGAGUUUUCUUCCAGACUCCUGCUGUCUCAGCAUUUCUGGUCAGUGACUCCAGGCACUGUGAAUUACAAGCAAGGAAGCUAAUUGUUUGGGACUGUAUUAAUUAUCUAUUAUUGUGUAAUAAGGUACCUCAAAAUUUAGUGGCUUAAACAACAAUAAACAUAUAUUAAACAACAAUAAACAUUUAUUAUCUCAGUUUUGGGGGAGUGGAGAGUGACUUAGCUGGGUAUUCUGGCUCAGAUAUUUCAUUAAGUUGCAGUCAAUUGCUGGCAGGGCUGCAGUCAUCAGAAGGCUAAUGGGGACUGGAGGAUUUGCUUCCAAGAUGGCUGGCAAAUUGGUGUUGGCUGCUGGCACAAGCCUCUCCCUAAGGCUUGUUGAGUGUCUUCAUGGCAUGGUGGCUGGCUUGCUUCAAAGUGCAUGAUUCAAAAAUGGGCAAGACAGGCUUCCCUGGUGGCGCAGUGGUUGAGAAUCUGCCUGCCAAUGCAGGGGACACAGGUUCGAGCCCUGGUCUGGGAGGAUCCCACAUGCCGCGGAGCAACUAGGCCCGUGAGCCACAAUUACUGGGCCUGCGCGUCUGGAGCCUGUGCUCCGCAACGAGAGGCCGCGACAGUGAGAGGCCCGCGCACCGCGAUGAAGAGUGGCCCACGCUUGCCACAACUAGAGAAAGCCCUCUCACAGAAACGAAGACCCAACACAGCCAUUAAAAAAAAUAUAUAUAUGAAAGACAGAAACCACGAUGUCUUUUAUGACCUAACCUUGGAAGUCACACACUGUCAUUUCUGCAAUAUCCUAUUGGUUAUACAGGUCAACUCUAUUCAGUGUGGGAGGGGUGUAUGAAAGACAUGAAUACCAGAAGACAACGAUCAUUGGGGGCCACCUUGGAGGCUGGUUCCCAUAGGGAUCCAGUGAGAAGACAUCAGAGUGGGAAAGGCCUGAAUGACAUCUCAACCUUCAGAGAUCAGCAGUAGCUGUGUGACAACGGAGCGUUUGACCCAGAUGAUGGAAAGGACAGCUUGGUGUUCUCCAGAUUCUGCCCUUUUCAAGGAAGAAGAGGAUAUGACCAGUUCUCUUGAAACAGUAACAUUUAAGGAUGUGGCUGUGGACCUCACCCAGGAGGAAUGGCAGCAAAUGAAACCUGCUCAGAGGGACUUGUACCGUGAUGUCAUGCUGGAGAACUAUAGCAACCUAGUCACAGUGGGCUGCCAAGUCACCAAACCAGAUGUGAUCUUCAGGUUGGAGCAGGAAGAAGAACCAUGGGUGGUAGAAGAAGAAAUGCUUGGGAGGCCCUGUCCAGAAGUUUGGGAAGAUGAUGAACAGAUCAAGGAGCAGCAGGAAACACUUGUGAGGAAAGUCACAUCCAUCUCCAAGAAAACUCUAAUUAAGGAAAAUGUCAUUGAAUGUAAAAAAGUUGCAAAAGUAUUUCCUCUGGGCUCAGACAUUGUUACUUCAAGACAAAACUUCUAUGAAUAUUAUGACUCAUUUGAUAAGGGUUUUGAACAUAAUUUAGACUUACUUAGUUAUGAGAAAGGCUGUAUAAGAGAGAAAAAUUAUGAGUGUAAUAAGUAUGGGAAACCAUUUUACCAUUGCUCAUCCCAUGUUGUAACCCCCUUUAAGUGUAAUCAGUGUGGACAAGACUUUAAUCAUAAAUUUGACCUCAUCAGACAUGAGAGAAUUCAUGCUGGAGAGAAACCGUAUGAAUGUAAGGAAUGUGGAAAAGCUUUCAGUAGGAAGGAAAAUCUUAUUACACAUCAAAAAAUUCAUACUGGGGAAAAACCAUAUAAGUGUAAUGAAUGUGGAAAAGCUUUCAUUCAAAUGUCAAACCUUAUUAGACACCAGAGAAUUCAUACCGGAGAAAAACCUUAUGCAUGUAAGGAUUGUUGGAAGGCCUUCAGUCAGAAAUCAAAUCUCAUUGAACAUGAGAGAAUUCAUACUGGAGAAAAACCCUAUGAAUGUAAAGAAUGUGGAAAAGCCUUCAGCCAGAAGCAAAAUCUUAUUGAGCAUGAGAAAAUUCAUACUGGCGAGAAACCUUAUGCAUGUAAUGAAUGUGGUAGAGCUUUUUCUCGAAUGUCAUCUGUUAAUCUACAUAUGAGAAGUCACACAGGGGAGAAACCUUAUAAAUGUAAUAAAUGUGGAAAAGCCUUCUCUCAAUGCUCAGUAUUUAUUAUACAUAUGAGAAGUCAUACAGGUGAAAAACCCUAUGUAUGUAGUGAAUGUGGGAAAGCCUUCUCUCAAAGUUCAUCCCUUACUGUACAUAUGAGAAAUCAUACAGCUGAGAAACCCUAUGAAUGUAAUGAAUGUGGAAAAGCCUUCAGCCGGAAAGAAAAUCUCAUUACACAUCAAAAAAUUCAUACUGGAGAGAAACCUUAUGAAUGUAAUGAAUGUGGGAAAGCUUUUAUUCAGAUGUCAAACCUCAUCCGACACCAGAGAAUUCAUACUGGUGAAAAACCCUAUGCGUGCACAGUAUGUGGGAAAGCCUUUAGUCAGAAAUCAAAUCUCACAGAACAUGAGAAAAUUCAUACUGGAGAGAAACCCUAUCAUUGUAAUCAAUGUGGAAAAGCUUUCAGUCAGAGACAAAAUCUCCUUGAACAUGAAAAAAUUCAUACUGGAGAGAAACCGUUUAAAUGUAAUGAAUGCGGUAAAGCCUUCUCUCGAAUCUCAUCCCUUACUCUUCACGUUAGAAGUCAUACAGGGGAGAAACCGUAUGAAUGUAAUAAAUGUGGAAAAGCCUUCUCUCAGUGCUCAUUACUUAUAAUACAUAUGAGAAUUCACACUGGUGAGAAACCCUUUGAAUGUAAUGAAUGUGGGAAAGCAUUCUCUCAAAGAGCAUCCCUUUCUAUACAUAAGAGAGGUCAUACAGGUGAGAAACGCCGAGUAUACUAAAUGAAUAAAGGCCUUAAAUUCAAUCCAUGCUUUACUUAACUUUAAAAUAUCUUGGCAUAGUCUCAAAAAAUGAAAAAGAUCUUUAUGAAAAAAUUGUAAAGCUUUAUUGAAGGGCAAAAGACUUGAGUAAAUGGAGGGAAAUACCACGGAUGUAGAUGGAAAAACCCAAUAUCAUAAAAUGUCUUUUCUCCCCAAAUUAAUCUAUGGACCUAAUAUAGUUCCAAACAUCUAACAAGAAUUUUCUAGGAUUUUUACCAAAUGCUUCUAAAAUCCAUAUGAAAUAAAAGUCUGUGGAUUGCUGAGACAAUAUUGAAUAAGAACAGAGAGGACACACCUUCUACCAUAUACUACAUGUAUUAUGAAGUUAUGGUCAUAUAAUAGUGUGUGGCAUUAGAACAUUAAUGGAUAAAUAAAAAGGUUUUACAGAAUAGAAUGCCUAGAAGUAAAUGAAUGAGUAUAUGCCAACUUGUUGUAUAUUAGACAUGACAUCGUGAAUCAGUAGAAGAAUGACGGCCUAGUCAAUAAAAACAGUUGGAGUAUUUGAAUCUCUAUAUUGGGGAAAAUAAAAUUACAUACAACCUUACAACAUAUAAAGAAAAAGAAUUCCAAAGGAUUUGAACACUGAAAUGUGAAAAGCCAAACUCUGAACUUCUUGAAAGGAAAUAACAGGAUAUUGUCUAUGACUUUGAGGCAGGGAAAUAUUUUUUAAAAGGACCCUGCCAUUCCACUUCUAGAUAUACAUCCUAAAGAAAUUCAUAAAUAUGAAUAAGAAAUAUAUAUAUAUAUCUGAAUUGAAAACAACAUAUAUAUUGAAGGGAUAAUGGAUGAAUAAAAUGUGAUAUAUUCAAAUAAUGGAAUGGUAUACAGCAGUUAAAAGCAAUGAGCUUGGUCUGUAUUGUGUAACAUGGUUGUUAUCUAAAAUAAUGUUGAGUGAAAAAAAAAUCAAGAUCCAGAUGAAACAUACCAUAUAAUAACAUUCAUGUAAAUUGGAGUGAAAUCAUUCACAAAGAAUAGAACUAUGUUUUUAUUAUUGAAAUAUGUAUGUAAAACUAUUUUAAAUGGAUUAAAAAGGACACAUACCAAAUUA